GGAGAAGUGGUAAAUAAAGAGCUCAAAGGUGGAUGACGGCGAUGACGUUAAGCCCUAGCGGUCUCUCACCCACCGAAAAAUCAAAAAUAAAUUCCAUAGGGAAAAACCCCGCUAAAACCACCACCGCCGAACGUGCCUCGACUCUUCCUCUCUCUUACUUCCUCUUUGGAACCCCGAUUUACUUAUCUACUUAUUUGAUAUUUAACGGUCACUCGCAUCGACGCGAGGAUCUCCUAUCUACUUCACAAUGGCUGAGAACACCCAGGCCACUCAGGCCCCCGAGGUUGACUACUCCCUCAACAACCCCGACACCUUGACCAAGUACAAGACCGCUGCUGCUAUCUCCCAGAAAGUCCUCGAGGCCGUCGCAGGAUGGUGUAAGGAGGGCGAGAAGAUCGUGGAGCUUUGCCAGAAGGGUGACCAGCUGCUCGAGGAGGAGAUCUCCAAGGUCUACAAGGGCAAGAAGAUCAGCAAGGGUGUCGGUCACCCGACUACCGUUUCUCCUAGCUCCUAUGUCACUCCCUACACCCCCUUGGUGUCCGAGAAGGAGGAAGCCGAGGUGACCCUCAAGGCCAACGAGGUCGUCAAGAUCCAGCUCGGUGCUCAGAUCGAUGGCUUCGGUACCAUUGUUUGCGACAUGGUCAUCGUUGGCGCUGGCGACGUCGUCACCGGUCGUGAGGCCGACCUGGUCCACGCUACCUACUACGCCAACGAACUGUUGCUGCGCCUUAUGGUCCCCCCCGGCCUCCUCGCCAGCGGUACCGAAGAGGAGAAGAAGAAGGCUGCCGCCGAGAAGGCCCCUACGCAAGCCCAUAUCUCCAGCCUUCUCGAGAAGGUCGCCAAGGCCUACGAGUGCAACGUGGUUGAGAACACCACCAGCUGGAUCUUCGACCGCAACGAGAUCGAGGGUGAGAAGAAGAUCAUCCUUUCCCCCGCCAACGGCGUCCGUGGCGAUGGUGUCCCUGCCGUCGGUGAAGUCUGGGGUGUCGAGGUCGGUCUCUCUCUGGGCUCCGGAAAGGUCAAAGACCUGCCCCUCCGCGCUACCCUGCACCGCCGUACCACCACCACCUACAUUCUCAAGCGUCCCAGCUCCCGCCAGACCCUGUCGGAGGUUGUCAAGAAGUUCGGUCAAUUCCCCUUCAGUUUGCGCCAGCUCGAGGACGAGAAGGCCGCCAAGGUUGGUGUGGUCGAGUGUGUCCGUAACGGUGUGUUGAGACAGUACGAGCCUGCCGGUGACUCCGAAAACGCUCCGGUCUCCCGUCUGUUGACCACUCUUGCCAUCACCAAGAACGGCAUCACCCGCCUGGCCGCACCCAACGCUCCGGACCUCUCCAAGUACCAGACCGACAAGAAGAUUGAGGAUGAGGAGAUCCUCAAGCUCCUGGAACGCCCCUUGGCCCGCUCCACCGGCAACAAGACCAACAAGAACAAGAAGAAGAAGGCCGCCAAGAAGGCCGACGGUGCCCAGGAAGAGUAAAUUUCUUCCCAUUGGGAAUAAUUUGCCUUCCACAUACCCACUCGCCCACAUAUACACGCACGCGUCUGCCAUUUGAAUCCAUGUGAAAAAGACGACGGCCGUUUAUUUUUGACUCCUUUUUUAUCACCAAAAUGGGAAGAGAAAGGAAGGAAGGCAACGGCAGACCUUGUCAAUGCUCCGGUACCAUAAAAGCGGUUUGCGAGGAAUCACCUGGAGCAGUUGCUACCGGGCAUUCAGGAAAUCGAGUAGAUAUUCAUCGGUACAAGGAAGCAAUGUGAGGUUUAUUACUUUUCUUUUCAUUUAUUUGUGUUAUUUCCUUGUGUCAUGGAGCAUUUGUUGGAAUUUUGUGUGCCGUAAUUAGUCACAGGCAAAACAGUGCUACGAGCCAAAAAUUCAUCAAAAAAAAAAAAAAAAAAAAAAAAAAAAAAAA